UCGCGGACACGUGACGUGACUCGCCCCGAGGAGAGCCUUUCAGAUUUUAGAUAACCCUGCCACUGUGUCCAGAAAAAACACCCAGGAAAGACCGCGGCAACUCAAUCAGUUCCCUACGCUGUUGCCUGCGCUCAUGAGCUGCGUGGCAUAACGAGACGAUGCAAAUCCUUCAUUCCUUCAAUUCCCUCCCUCUUCUCAACUCUUCUCCACCAUUUUCGAUAUGUGCAGUUGCCAUUAACGCCAUCCAAGGCAAAGCUUUUUCUUUUCCCCCCAAUCUUCCUCUAUCAAAAACCUCAACUUUCAGCUUCUCCGUUACUGGGUCUCUUCCCAAUAGCUUGUUUUUGGCUGAGGAUUUUCCAUUUUGCAGAAGUACCCACGUCCCCUUUUGCUCUGCCAGUGACGUUUCCGAAAAAUUUUCGAGUACCCAAUUGCCCGCGAAGCCUCAAAAUGGGAGCAAUCAAGAGAGUGAAGAACUUGAGUUGCUGGGUAAGCCCUCUCAUGUUCCGGUGGACAAUGGAUCUUUUUCUAAAGUAGACAACAAAGAAGAGGCUUUAGCGCCGUUUUUGAAGUUCUUCAAGCCUAGAGAUUCAUUAGAACAAGGAAAAAAAGAUGGAGGCGAAUCAGAAAUUUCUAAGGAAGUUGAGCAGGAUAGCGUAAUCGAGACAUCGGAUAAGGUUUCUGUUCAGUAUUAUGAGCCGAAACCGGGUGAUCUCGUGGUGGGUGUGGUCGUUUCGGGUAAUGAGAAUAAACUUGACGUGAACGUUGGAGCGGAUCUUCUGGGAACGAUGUUGACGAAGGAGGUGCUCCCAUUGUAUGACAAGGAAAUGGACUACUUGCUGUGCGACGCGGGGAAGUAUGCUGAGGACUUUAUGCUUCGUGGGAAGAUGGGAAUUCUGAAGAAUGAUGAUGCUCUGAGUGGUGAGGCUGCGUCUGGGAGGCCUGUUGUUGACGCUGGUACGGUGCUUUUUGCCGAGGUUCUUGGAAGGACGCUCAGUGGGAGACCAUUGCUCUCCCCAAGACGGCUUUUUCGCAAGGUUGCUUGGCAUCGAGUCAGGCAGAUAAAACAACUAGGCGAACCCAUUGAGGUUAGAAUCACCGAGUGGAAUACUGGUGGUCUCCUUACAAGAAUUGAGGGUUUGCGAGCUUUUCUUCCUAAAACUGAGUUGAUGAAUAGAGUUAGAAACUUUGCUGAGUUGAAGGAAUAUGUGGGACACAGAAUGCAUGUGAAGAUUACUAGAAUAGAUGAACCUAAUAAUGAUGUAAUUCUCAGUGAGAAGGAAGCUUGGGAGAUUUUACACCUUCAGGAGGGGACACUUUUGGAAGGAACUGUUAGAAAAAUUCUCCCUUUUGGAGCUGAGAUAAGGAUAGGGGAAUCUAACAGAAGUGGGCUGCUGCAUCUCAGAAACAUCACUCGGGGUAAAAUUACUUCUGUUGGUGGCUUGCUAACAGUUGGUGAGAAGAUUAAAGUUCUGGUAGUGAGUUCUACAGUUCCUGGAAAAAUAUCUCUUAGUACUGCUGAGCUUGAAAGUGAGCCUGGCCUAUUUCUAUCAAACAAAGAGGUGCUUACCCUUCUGCAAGAUGCCUUACUGGCUUACUAUCACUCUAGUUUUGAGUUGUCAAUACUUGUCCUGUACUCAACUAAACAAAACUUUACUGUGGGCAGAGAGUAUUUUCUGAUGCUGAACGUAUGGCAAAGAAGUACAAGCAAACACUGCCAGCCCUUGCGGCGACUCGUGUGUUAGAACCUCUUUCAACCGAACUUCCAUCCUUCGACAGUGAAGCAAAUUUGUAUUCAAAUUGGAGAUGGUUCAAAUUCGAGAGGCAUAGUUCAUCAGAUUGAUUUGUAUGGUUUCUCUUUGAUAUUAUAAUGUUCAGAAAGGGAGGACUAGGAAGUGGCAAGGCUAUUAUAAUUCCUACCUCUUUAAGGUAGUGGUGCCUUGACAUGGAGAGAAAAGCCAGCGAAUGCAAAAUAUCAUAAAUCAUUGGAAAUGAAAUAUUUUUUUCCUUCCUUUUCCCCCUUUAGUUCAUAAUGCGUAUUGAGCCUCGUGUAAAAUUUUCCUAAACAGGGCUUUCGAUGAUCACAGCCCAAACCUGAUUUUCCUUCAAAUCGAGUAUAUUCUUGUCUGUA